CCCACCACUUCUCCCCCUCCCACACCCUCACACAGGAAGCAGGUGACCUUGCCACCAGCAGGGUGACAUCCGCUAUUGCUGCUUCUUUACUCCCCCACUGUUCCUCAGGACUUCUCUGGACCAAAGCCUUUUGCCAGACCCCGUCUUGCCCCAGCCCACCAUGGCCCCUUCAGGUGUCAUCCUGCUCCUGCUUUUGCUCCCAGUGGCUGCAGCUGGGGUGACCCCAGGUUCCUGUUCCGGAUGUGGGCCCCUCUCUCUGCCAAUGCUGGCCUGGCUCAUGGCCGCUGACGCGGUGGUGUCUCUGCUCAUCAUUGCGGUGGUGUUUGUGUGUGCCUGCCCACACCACAGGCCCACCCUAGAUGACAAAGUCUACAUCAACAUGCCUGGCAGGGGCUGACCCCCUUGUGAGGCCUUUGACUUCUGACCCUCUCAUCCCGCAUUGCGUGCGGCCACACAGGAAACGCACUCCCCACUUUGGGGUGGAAUAAAGCAAUUAAACUAC